AUGUCCGACGAAGUCUAUGAUGGUGCCAUUGGCAUUGACCUCGUCGCCAAUGAGCAAGGAAACUUCACCACGCCUUCUUAUGUCUCCUUUACCGACAAGGAGCGCCUCAUUGGUGAGGCUGCUAAGAAUCAAGCUGCCAUGAACCCGAAGAACACCAUUUUUGAUAUUAAGCGUCUGAUCGGGAGACGGUUUGAUGACCCUGUUGUCAAGAAGGACAUCGAGUCAUGGCCAUUCAAGGUUGUUGAACAGGGUGGGAACCCAGUUGUCGAAGUUGAGUAUUUGGGCGAAACCAAAAUCUUCACUCCCCAGGAGAUCUCUUCCAUGGUUCUUAUGAAGAUGAAAGAGGUUGCGGAGACGAAACUCGGAAAGAAGGUCUCCAAAGCCGUUAUCACUGUGCCAGCAUAUUUCAACGACAAUCAGCGCCAGGCAACCAAGGACGCCGGUGCUAUCGCUGGCCUCAACGUUCUUCGCAUUAUCAACGAACCCACUGCAGCAGCAAUUGCUUAUGGUCUGGGCUCUGGAAAGUCCGAUAAAGAGCGCAACGUCUUGAUCUACGAUUUAGGAGGCGGUACUUUUGAUGUUUCCCUGCUGAACAUUCAGGGCGGUGUCUUCACAGUCAAGGCUACAGCAGGUGACACUCACCUCGGUGGACAGGACUUUGACACAAAUCUCUUGGAACACUUUAAGAAGGAGUUCCAGAGGAAGACUGGAAAAGACCUGUCUGGUGAUUCGAGGGCCCUGCGUCGUCUCAGAACGGCGUGUGAACGUGCAAAGCGUACUCUGUCUAAUGCCACCCAGACUACCGUGGAGAUUGACUCCCUCUUCGAUGGAGAGGACUUCAAUGCCCAGAUCACCCGUGCGCGGUUUGAGGAUCUCAAUGCGAAGGCUUUUGCGGGUACCUUAGAACCUGUCCAGCAGGUGCUCAAGGAUGCUGGUCUUGAUAAGAGCAAUGUGGAUGAGAUCGUUCUUGUUGGAGGUUCUACUCGUAUUCCUCGCAUUCAGAAGCUGCUCAGUGACUUCUUCGAUGGGAAGAAGCUUGAAAAGAGCAUUAAUCCCGACGAAGCCGUCGCCUAUGGUGCUGCGGUCCAGGCGGGUAUACUUUCAGGUAAAGCAACGUCUGCAGAAACCUCCGAUCUUUUGCUCCUGGACGUGGUUCCUCUCUCGCUUGGUGUCGCUAUGGAAGGCAAUAUCUUCGCCCCUGUUGUUCCUCGUGGUCAAACUGUUCCGACCAUCAAGAAGCGUACAUUCACUACUGUGGUGGACAACCAGCAAACUGUGCAGUUCCCCGUCUACCAGGGUGAGCGCGCUAACUGUGACGACAACACUCUUCUCGGCGAAUUCACCUUGUCUCCUAUACCCCCGAUGAAGGCGGGUGAAGCUGUUCUGGAAGUCGUCUUCGAAGUUGACGUCAACGGUAUUCUUAAGGUCACUGCCACCGAAAAGUCGUCUGGUCGUAGUGCGAACAUCACUAUUUCCAAUGCUGUUGGAAAGUUGUCGAGCACUGAAAUCGAGAAAAUGAUCAGCGGUAUGUGCUUGUACCUGUCCGCACUCUUCGAAUUAAGGAUAAUUUCCCUAACAGGUGAUCCGACUAUGUCAUUGAAGCUGAAACGUGGAAACAAGGAGAAGAUUGAAUCAGCCCUCAGUGAUGCGAUGGCCCAGCUUGAGAUUGAAGAUUCGACUCCCGAUGAUUUCAAGAAGAAGGAGUUGGCCCUUAAGAGGCUCAUCACAAAAGCAAUGGCUACGCGUUGA